AUGGUUGAUUAUCACUUAGUUAUUCUAGUGCAUGGUAUUUGGGGAAACUCGUCGCACUUGGCUUAUAUCGAGAAACAAAUUAACGAGAAUGUCAAGCCCAGAGGUGACACUAGGUUACUAGUUCAUAAGACAGGGUCUCAUUCUGGAUAUCUAACACACGACGGUAUCGAUGUCAAUGGGAAAAGAAUAACGGAUGAGAUUGUGGAACAGACGGAACGAAUUACUGAAAACGGAGACACAGUGACACGAUUUUCCAUAAUCGGAUAUUCUUUAGGAGGUUUGAUAUCCAGAUAUGCCAUUGGGAUUUUACAAAAGCAGGGAUAUUUCAACAAUAUUGAGCCAGUCAACUUUGUCACCUUUUGCACUCCCCAUGUUGGUGUGCUGAAGCCACAUACCCAAAAUUUGUCAGUACGAUUGUACAAUAAUAUUGCUCCCCAUUUCUUGGCCAUAACUGGAUCUCAGUUCUUUCUAAAAGACAAGAUAGGCGAAUUUAAUAAACCGUUAUUGGUAUGGAUGGCAGAUCCCAAGUCAGCUUUCUACUUGGCGUUGAAGCUGUUCAAAUAUAAAGCCUUAUACGCCAAUGUCGUCAAUGAUAAACGUUGCAGUUGGUUUACCGCAUCAAUAUCCUUAACCGAUCCUGUCAAUUCACUGUACAACAAGCUACCUCAAAACAUUGUUGCUGAGUAUAUCAAAGGUUAUGAGCCAAAUGUAAUUGAUGCUUCGAAGCCAUUUUUCUACGAGAAAAAAUCCAAUGAACAAACGUAUGACAAUUCUUCUCCUCGAGGGUGGUUCUGGAAGACGUUGAACUGGUGCAAGUUGAUUGGCACUAUAGCGAUUUAUGCUCCAAUAAUGGGUCUUUCGUUCUUGGUGUCCUCGAUUUACCAACGCUUCAGAACUUCAAACAGACUUCGUGAUUUCCACAAUGAAAAGUCAAAUAAUUUGUCUCACUUAUAUGAAUACGAUGAAACCACAUCGUUGUUGACUGGUUUUACCAACAAGUUAGAAGAUGAGCAAGACACUAUAGUUGAAGAUAUGUAUGGAGCCAUGAGUUGGAAAGUCUCUCACUCCUCGUUGAAUUUCCCACCAAUCACUUUAGAUGAAUCGCAAAAAUACAUAGUUGAAAGGUUGAAUGGUUUGGGAUGGAAGAAGUACCCAGUAAUUUUGAGACAUACCCCUUCCACUCAUGCCGGUGCUAUUGUUAGACAUGCUGACCCCAACUUUGAUGAAGGUAAGGUCAUUGUUCGUCAUUUUAUUGAGAAUGUCUUUAAAUUAGAGUAG